AUGGCUACCACCGACAACGUUGAAGACCAGUACAAGCCAUUGAAAGUGUUGAUAGCUGGUGGCGGUAUUGGAGGGCUCUCAGCAGCCAUUUUUCUCCGACAUGCAGGACACAAUGUAGAGGUUUGUAGACAUGCUGCGUUGAAAGAUAUUGCUACCUCAGAAAAAGGAAAAGGAAGCCCUGCAAUUCUGCAUACUCGAAGUAGAGUUUCUUCUGUGGAUGUUGAAGCUCCAUCUUUGACUUUGGAAGACGGAUCUACGCAUGCGGGUGAUUUCAUAAUCGCUGCCGAUGGUAUUCAUUCAAAAAUUAGAAGCACACUCUUAAGAGAUCACCCACCCCCAGAGUCAUCUGGAGCCAACGCCUUCAGGUUCAUGAUACCAAUCGACGACAUUCGAAACGAUCCUAAGACUGCACAUUUCGUCGAAAAAACGGGAGAUAUGCUUGUAAUAUCUGGGGAAGAUCGAAGGAUAGUUGCAUACCCAUGCAGGAGCAAUACCUUAAUGAACCUUAUAGCAAUGCAUCCAGAGGAAGAAACAGAAGCUAGUUCCGAAGAGUGGAGCAAAAGUGCAUCCAAAGAUCUGCUUUUGAAAUGUUUCUCUUCCUAUACAGAUGAUGCACAAGCCCUGCUAGCGAAAGUCUCUCCUGACGAUAUCAAAUUAUGGAACUUGCUAGACCACGAAGAGCUAGGAAGAGAAAAUUGGGUUCAUGGCAAAGUGGCACUUCUUGGGGAUGCCGCUCAUGCAUUUCUCCCACACCAAGGACAAGGAGGUGCUCAGGCCAUAGAAGACAGUGCAGCAAUAGGUGCUUUAUUUCCACUGGGUACUACUCCGUCUGACAUUGAGCAACGUCUGAGACUUUAUGUUCAAGCUAGAUACGAUCGUGCUACGCUUGUGCAAGACUUCACUCGUCAAGCGGCAUUUAAAACGCCUCGUGGAAAGCAUGGAGGCAAGCUUAAGGACAAUAUGCAAUUCAUGGAUAUAAAUCUUAGCCACGACGCGUAUGAUCACGCGCAUGGGAUAUUGCUUCGAGAUUUGAAUAGAAAUGCUCUGUCUCGCAAAAUUCCAAUGUCCUUUGGGCCUAGCCCAGGUCCUAGACAAGACUUAAACGGAAAGCCUCGCGGCCCUCCAAAAGGAACAUAUAAGACAAGUUAUAUUACCUUUAAAACAUACAAGAGCUAUCUAUCCACGCUUCUGCCAUCUGAAAAUUUCCAGAUAAAUACCAAUGAUAUGUGGGCGACUGCCACAUUCUCAACCACACGCGUAGGUAAUCUGGAAUGGCUAGGAGGCCGAGGAUAUUCAAUGUUUGGACUCUAUGUACAUGAUGUCGUACAUAAGGAUCCAUCAACCGGCGCUGAAUUGAAAGGUGACUUGCUACCAGUUUCUUUUCACAACAUGGCCGAUCCAAUUAUUACUGGCCGAGAAGAACUAGGAAUUUCCAAAGUCUAUGCAACCUUGGAUGAGAAAUCCAACUCGGAUUCCUCGUUCGUGUUGAGCUCUGGUUGGGAGGGUACAGAAUUUUGUCGUUUGACUUUGAGUGACUUGAAGGAGACUUCAGAAGCCGACUCUGUUCUUCAGAACCCAACUCUGCAUUACAGGGUCAUUCCUUCAAGCGUGAAACAAGAACAAGAUAUGGAGUAUGCGGCUGCUUAUCCUCCAGUACCAGCGGCAAAAGAAGAAAAGAGAUGGAAGGCUGAGAGCGCGGAAGUCGUGUUCACAGAUUUGGAAAAUAGGGAGCUGGAGAUGGCGUUCCCAACACUGGUGAAUAUAAUUAAGGGUCUCCGAGGCGUCAAAAUUGUGGAGGUGAUUCGAUCUGGAAUUCAAAGUUCAGAGCCAUAG